AUGAGUCCAGUCAGAUACUCCGCCAAGGAGUUGUUGAGUCUACGCCACGCAUCUCCCAACAAAGAGAUUUCCUACAAACUUGCUGCUAGAGUUGACGAAGACUACGACUUGGGAGAAAUCAUUCGCACCGGGUCAGUCAAACCUUUGUCCCUUAUCGUCGAGGAGAGCGGUGGCUCAAGCGAUUCGGAUGACCAAUUCCACCAAGGUCCUGCUCAGCAGCUUGACGGAACCGACUCGGAGCGCAAGUACCGAGGUCGCAGAGAUUCCGAGCUCGAACGUGUACCGAUGGUUGCCCCUGCAGACCUCAACACCCAAAAGUCCGAAGGGUUCCAAAAGUUCUACAACUCAGUCGUUUCGCCUACGCAUGUUCGAGUCACUGCCGGUGGUCGAAUUGUGCCCAACACUCGAGGGCCUCACUCUCCGACUUCGAAAUGGAGUCGAGAACGCAGCUCAUUUGAUGGCCAGGCCCAUGCCCGCACUUUCAAUGGUAAUCAGCAUGAGAGUGUUCCUUAUCCUGUCCUUCCUCCUGGCUGGGGACAAUUUGCUACAAUGGUCCCAUCGCAUAUUCCUGGCACCUUGCCUGGUAUGACUCUUAGACCUGAAGGUUUCCCUUUCAUGGCACCGGCUCCCAUGGGUUAUAACAUGGCAGCUACUCCCUACAGCCAGUUUUCGCCCUCUGGUCUUCCGAUGCAACACCCAAGUCAGAAUGGCCAUUUCAACAAGCAUCCAGACAUGGGUGCAGAGCAAGCUAGAAAUGUUCACCUCUCUCCUGUUGAUCAGUUUGAUCCUAGUCGUCCUUUCCUCUACAAUGGACAGUGGCUGGUUGCGAAUGGGAACCAUCUUUACCCCUACGUGCCACCUCAGAUGGGAUUUGCUCCUCCGCCGAUGGCCACUCAACCGCCUCCUCAUCCAAGUGGUGACUUCAAUGCCCCUUCUACCAGGUAUGGUCGCGUGUCAUCACGACAGCCUGAACCGGUGCCUAUGAACAUGCAGAUCACUGCCGGUGAUACUUCUCGUUCCACUAGUCCUCCUGUUUCAUCAAUCCGUCCCAGCUCCAUCACACAGAAGCAACUAGAGGUCCUUCGCAGUCAAAAAAGAUAUCACCAAGAUCAACUUCAGUACAACAAGCACCAAAUUGAUCUCCGAGACAUGGAAGAGCGACUGGAGAACAUAUGUCGUGAGAUUAAGCAUUUCGAACGUAUGCAUGCUACUCAACUCGAAUUCGAGGCCAGAAAGUACCCUAAGGCUGAAUCUCCAGACGAUGGAGACCCAUCGAGCUCAUCCGCAGGCUAUGCCAACAGCCGCAGUGAUCCUUCCAGCCCUAUUGCAGUUGGUCCGAUGCCCAUCUCUUUCGAAGCCCAGUUGAAUGACAUCAAGAGUCAUAGCCGUGCUGCUAGUCUUCAUACACUGCCCAAGCCAGCUACAAUGGUCACCUCCGCCAAGAAUCCCAAUCCUUUGAGGAUUGAUGGUGGACAACAGCGGAAGCUCUCGAGUCUUCCAAUCAAUGCCGCCUUGGCACCUGUCUUCCAGCCUCGCUCGGAAAUGAGUAACUCUGCUAUUCCAGCAGAUGAAGUCGAUGAGUCCACACAAGCUCGCCCUCACGGACACAUGUCCAACAGCGCUGCCGCUUGGCGAUCAUACUUCAAGAAAGAGGUCCACGCCGCCAAGAACUCCAGCAUUCCUUAUCUUGUCGGCAAGCUCAAACCAGGGAUUCAUCCGGAAAACGCUCAAGACAUUGAUUACACCUAUGACCGCCCACUGACAGAAGAUGAGGAACGUGCUCGCUACAUGUACUGGGGGAAAGCACCUAACCAUGUCCAGAAUGGUCUCCCAAGAUAUGACGGCAGGGACUUCUACUCACCUUCGUCUAUCAAGGAGGAAUCUUUGGAUGCUAGUGGACCUACUCCUCAUGUUCAUUCCCAACAGCCCGAUUCCAGGCCAUCGUCCAUAAAGACCCACGAUACUGAUCCUUUUCAUGCUGUGACACAGGCAGCUAUGGGCUCUGUUCGACAUCGCCCUGAUAACGCCACUCGCUCCGAAUCCCUACACCGUACUGAGGAUUCUCUUCACGCUAGCUCUGCUUCUGAAGUCCCUCGCUCGGAGUCUCACGCUACCCACCCCGGUGCUCAAUACAUGGAGUUUCGCCGUGUCGUGAACGAACAUACACGAAUCUCGAGCGAGAAAUUCGGUACCAAGGUGUCAGACGAUUCUGGUGACGAAGAGGGCAACUUGCUUUUUAAAGGACGCCGAAAGUUGGAUCGCACUGCAAGCAGCAAGUAUCCCAACGAUAUCUGGUCGACCAUGCGCAAGAAGGGCAAGACAAGUGCCAAUGUAGUUGCUGGCCAAGUUUCCCCUAUGACAGCUCAAGGAGUGCUUCCUCACUACUCCGGUCAUGCCACCGCAUCCUUGACUCCGGCUUUUACCACCAACUCUCGUGGCCAUGCAACCAGACUGAGUGAUGCACACGAUUCACCGGCGGCCAACACCAUUGUUGGAAGACGAGAAGAGAACAGACAUCCACAUGACCUUCUCACGCAACAAUUGCGCAGCGCCAGCUUCCAGGACAAGAGGCACCAUGGGUUCUCUAGUCGUUGA